AGGAAACCUGAAAUAAAGUGAGGUAAUUAAACGUGGCCUUGGAGAAGUCUUCCAAACAUUCCAAUCCGGAUUUCCAGAGUCCAUGUGUAUGCGCGCUUUAGUUUUCGAUUCUUCUAGGUCCUGAUUUUGCAUUUCUAAUAAAAGUGGACUGACAAAGCGUAAACGUGCUCUAAGGAGCAAAACAAAGCCAUUAGAGCGUGCUUCUGUUGUGCCAAGAUUAAUCAAUAUUCCAGGGAGCUCGCCCCCCCACUCCCUCCCCGCUGUUUCCAUUUUCCCACUCCCCCUUUCCCCAGCACAGGCUCCGCCUCUUUUCUUAAGUUGCCUGAUAGUAAGAGGCGGUUUCGGAGCACAUGCAUGUUGUCAGGGCCAGCCUGCCCCGCCGCUCGCUGAGCUGUUACUCCGAGCUACCUGCUGGGGAAUUCACCUCGACGUAGCCUGGGGUGUCUUCCACCAGGCACAGAGUCAGAAAAGUUGUACUCUCUGACACUGAAGAGGAGAUUUCGCUUUCUGGGGACAAGUUCAAGACACUGACGUGCAAGGACGUGAUAAAUUCCUAGAAAGAUAAAAUAUGACAAAAAGCAACGGAGAAGAGCCCAGGAUGGGGGGCAGGAUGGAGAGAUUCCAGCAAGGGGUGCGCAAGCGCACGCUUCUGGCCAAGAAGAAAGUACAGAACAUCACAAAGGAUGAUGUUAAGAGUUACCUGUUUCGGAAUGCCUUUGUAUUGCUCACUGUCACCGCUGUCAUUGUGGGUACUAUCCUUGGAUUUGCCCUCCGACCAUAUAAAAUGAGCUACCGGGAGGUGAAGUACUUCUCGUUUCCUGGGGAGCUUCUGAUGCGGAUGCUACAGAUGUUGGUCUUACCCCUGAUCAUCUCCAGUCUUGUCACAGGAAUGGCGGCCCUAGAUAGUAAGGCAUCCGGGAAGAUGGGGAUGCGAGCCGUAAUCUAUUACAUGACCACCACCAUCAUUGCUGUGGUGAUUGGCAUAAUCAUUGUCAUCAUCAUCCACCCCGGAAAGGGCACAAAGGAAAACAUGUACAGAGAAGGUAAAGUCGUGCAGGUGACUGCGGCAGAUGCCUUCCUGGAUUUGAUCAGGAACAUGUUCCCUCCCAAUCUGGUAGAAGCUUGCUUUAAACAGUUUAAAACCAGCUACGAGAAGAGAAGCUUCAAAGUGCCCAUCCAGUCCAAUGAAACGCUUUUGGGCGCCGUGAUCAACAACGUGUCGGAGGCCAUGGAGACUCUGACCCGGAUCCGGGAGGAGAUGGUGCCUGUUCCCGGAUCUGUGAAUGGGGUCAAUGCCCUGGGUCUAGUUGUCUUCUCCAUGUGCUUCGGCUUUGUGAUCGGAAACAUGAAGGAGCAGGGGCAAGCGCUGAGAGAGUUCUUUGAUUCUCUUAACGAAGCUAUCAUGAGACUGGUAGCGGUGAUAAUGUGGUAUGCACCUCUGGGUAUCCUCUUCCUGAUCGCAGGGAAGAUUGUUGAGAUGGAAGACAUGGGUGUGAUUGGGGGGCAGCUCGCCAUGUACACAGUGACAGUCAUUGUCGGCCUCCUCAUUCAUGCGGUCAUCGUCCUGCCUCUCCUCUACUUCCUGGUAACCCGGAAGAACCCCUGGGUUUUCAUUGGAGGGUUGCUGCAAGCGCUCAUCACAGCCCUUGGGACCUCUUCAAGUUCUGCCACCCUACCCAUCACUUUCAAGUGCCUGGAAGAGAACAAUGGUGUGGACAAACGUAUCACCAGAUUUGUGCUCCCCGUGGGGGCCACCAUUAACAUGGAUGGGACCGCCCUCUAUGAGGCUUUGGCCGCCAUUUUCAUCGCUCAAGUGAACAACUUUGACCUGAACUUUGGACAGAUUAUAACAAUAAGUAUCACAGCCACGGCCGCAAGUAUCGGGGCAGCCGGGAUUCCUCAGGCCGGUCUGGUCACCAUGGUCAUCGUGCUGACAUCUGUGGGCCUGCCCACGGAUGACAUCACACUCAUCAUUGCAGUGGACUGGUUUCUGGACCGCCUCCGAACCACCACCAAUGUGCUGGGUGACUCCCUCGGAGCAGGAAUUGUUGAGCAUUUGUCCCGACAUGAACUGAAGAACCAAGAUGUUGAAAUGGGGAACUCCGUGAUUGAAGAGAAUGAAAUGAAAAAGCCGUAUCAGCUGAUUGCCCAGGACAAUGAACCGGAGAAACCGGUGGCAGACAGUGAAACCAAGAUGUAGACUGACACAGAAGUGCUUGGAAACUGUUCUACAAUGUAUCCAUCUCCCUGAGCUCACUCGCCCAGUGAGCUCCUCUUUCCUCCCUACUCUGAUAGGAUUGGAAAAUGUCCAAAAACAAAGGAGGGCUCUGCAGCAGCUGAAACGUAUUGGUUUUAGCCCACAUUUGAAAUUCUUAAAUCAUUUCAUAUUAUUCUUACCAAGUAAGUUACUACAAUCGAACACAGUGUCCAUAUUACAAAUGUAGAUGGCAAACGAUCCCGCGCAAUUGUUUUGUAAGUAAAAGCAUUAAGCAAAUGAUAGGCUACAAAAAAAAAAAAAAAGUUUUAAAAUCAACUUUCAAAAUGUAAAUAUCCUUCAGAACACAAGUGAGUUUUACUCUGAAAACAUAACAACUUGAUGAGUAAUUACCAGUUACCCGUUGGGUGUCUGAGAGGUUUCCCCUUUCUUCUAGUCCUGGCUUUAACAGCAUCAGGGCAAUGCCCACAUGCACACAGCGCAGCUGUGGGGGGGAACAGAGAGUGAGGCUCCCAGAGUGAGCCUUGUCUCAUCCCUUGGUCUCAGUGUUCUCAUCCAGAAAAUGAGUGACACCUAGAUACGAUAAGCCUGUCUAGCCCAGACUUCUGUGACACCAGGAAGGACCCUGCCCCUGUAUAACAUGAGGCUCUCAGACAGGACACUUCAUGGGAGUGGACAUUUCUCUCUAGGGGCAGGCUGUGUGUGGCUCACUAGGUUCUGGGCCCAGAAUGUUUGCUAUAUAAGUAGACAGUCGGAAGGCCAUCUCAGGAGGCCAUCCCUUUGGCCUAUUGCUCUGUUUUGUUUUGUUUUCCAAUACCAGAAGCACUCCGAACCCAAGGGAAGAAAGCCUCCCACCACCUCUUCAACUGACAAUUAGAUGUUUAGGAAAUAAAGAGAAGACUAGCAACUAGAAAGAGUGUUCAUGGUCUUGCUAAAGAGUGGAGAAAAAAAAAUAAAGUAUAGCUAACAUUACAGAACGAGGAUUCUUUUUAAGAUCACAAAAAGUUGGUUUUCUUUAAGGACUAAAAUGGAGAGCUACAUUUCCACCUUUUUCUGUUAGCCUAAACACUUUGUCUUCAGUUCCUAAUCAGUCCCCAAGAAACAACAUAGGACAUCACUUAUUUCUUAUCUCACAGUCCAACCAACGAUAUCUCUGGGACAGAUCCAUAAGCUGGGUGGAUGGUCUCAUUUCUGAAAAAAAAAAAAUUUGUUGUUGUUUUUUGUUUGUUUUGUUUUUACUAUUUUAACCAGAACUUCUUAGGAUGACAAAACAAAAUACUUCUUUGUAUAGAGAUGUCUCUUGACAAAUCUUUCAAAAGUCUCAUCUAGAGUGGAGUUUGCUUAUUUGUAUCCCCACACAAAUAAAGAGAAAAAAAAAGAAAAAGAAAAAAAUGGCAGAUGAAUCAGUAUGAAAAUAACACCACUGAGGGUGGAAGAAAAGACAGCAAGGGAAUUUCUUUCAGGCAAGGCAGCUCCCAGGUUUAAAAGACAUUACUUUUACUCCCUUAGGACUGUCCAGUCAAAGAUCCCCAAUGGGAGCCACCUGACAGCACCAGCUGUGUCAGACUUUCUGACCGAAAGUGAUGAAUGGACAUAACUAUGCUAACAGACCAAGCAUUUAGAAUUGAAUCUCCCAGUCUACAGUUAGAGAUUUUUUUUAGAGAUCUUGAGCAUUCCAUUCGUAUAAAGGUUAACACUAGGCUAUGGUGGAGUAAUCAUUUAAUGACAAACUCUAUUUGGGAAAUACACUACAGAGGUUAAUCUGUGUGGCAGUCAUUUUGUGACACUAGUAGAACAAACCUUAAUCGUGUCAAAUUAAUGCUGUUUACCCCGUGUGAUUAUUUUUUUUUAUACUAACCAUUUCUUACGGAAACAAGUCCUCUAGGGUGAUACUUUCGCCGGUCCAUCACAGGCUCUGCAGAUGUGUGUACCCACUGUGGACCUGGAAAUAUCACUUUGUAGAUGUAUUUUCAAUAAAGAAAAAAUAGUUUUACAUUAA